AAUCGUCCAUUGGAGGACAUCGUGAAUUUCGCCACGGCACUCCAUUGUUCGAAGAACUACGGAGUAUACUAGAUAGUAUUACCUUUUUGCCCAAAGAACCUUCGAGGUUGCUCGCACAGAAACGCCAACAAGUUAUUGUCUCAUUUUUUUUCUUUCCUUUUCAAAGUCGCACGCGAAUGUUCCAUCUGAAGCUCGGCAAAGCGCAGCACCAACGGCCACGGCCAGACCAACAACAACACCCACACUCGCUCCCGAAGAGGCGCAUUAGUUGAUCCCCAUUGCUGCUACCAGGAAACGCUAGCUACGUCCUUCUUUUUUGGGAGUGUUCUCGUGAUCACGCCCCAGUUUCAAUCGCUACCCUGGUCGAUUCUGUUGCGACCCGCCAUAGCACGACCACAGACCGAUAGCUCUUUCAAGCUUCCCUCGAGUACAUACGUCUGCUUACUGAUUGCUUCCUCUUAUCCGGCCGAGCUUUGUUCACGAUGCCCCUCAAUCCGCAUACCGAAAUGGCGGGUCCAACACCCCCGCCUUCGGGCGUGCAGAAGAAGCGCGGGUCAACCGAUGACACGCCGAACGUAUACGACGACGCGCGAACCUACUAUACCGCCGAGGAGCGUCACAGGAACAACCGCGCCGGCCCACGGACGCGCACGUAUUCUCAGAAUAGUUUGCUGAGGCAGAUGGAGCGUUUGGUGGUGCCCGAACCAUACAGACGCGGGAGUCAUGACGAGUCGACGAUUCCGCAUUCCCGUCGUUUCCUGAUCCAAGUCGAGCCGACCCUCCAGAGCUUGCAGCAGCAGGAAGAUACCGACCAAAACAUGCAGAUUACGAUUGAAGACUCCGGGCCCAAAGUUCUUACUCUCCGCACGGCAGCAUCCAAUGGCUAUAACCGCUUCGACAUUCGCGGCACCUACAUGCUGUCCAACCUGUUGCAAGAGCUGUCCCUCGCCAAAGAGUAUGGUCGUAAGCAGAUCAUCCUCGACGAGGCGAGGCUCAACGAGAACCCCGUCAACCGGCUGUCGCGCUUGAUCCGGGACCAUUUCUGGGAGGGCUUGACAAGGCGCAUCGACGCCUCGAGCAUCGAGGUCGCCGCCCGGGACCCCAAGGACUGGACUGACGAUCCUCGCCCGCGCAUCUACGUGCCCCGAGGCGCCCCCGAGCAGUACGAGUACUACACCAAGCUGGCAGAGGAGAGACCGGAGAUACGGCUGGACGUGCAGCUUCUCCCGGAGAAGAUCACGCCCGAGUAUGUCCGGGAUAUCAACUCCAAGCCCGGGCUGCUAGCCGUGGAUAUGGAGGAAGUGACGGACCCGAAGACGGGGGCCAAGACGCUCAGAGGCCGGCCGUUUGUCGUUCCCGGCGGACGGUUCAACGAGCUGUACGGCUGGGACAGCUACAUGGAGUCGCUCGGGUUGCUGAUCCACGACAAGGUCGACCUGGCCAAGUCGAUGGUCCUCAACUUCUGCUUCUGCAUCAAGCAUUACGGCAAGAUCCUCAACGCCACGCGGUCGUACUACCUCUGCCGGUCGCAGCCUCCCUUCCUGACGGAUAUGGCCCUCCGCGUAUACGACAAGAUCAAGCACGAGCCGGGCGCGAUUGACUUCUUGCGGACCGCCAUCCUCGCGGCCAUCAAGGAAUAUCACAGCGUCUGGGUGGCCGAGCCCCGGCUCGACCCCGUCACCGGUCUCUCCCGAUACCGGCCCGAAGGACUCGGCGUUCCGCCCGAGACGGAAGCCGGCCACUUUGUCCACAUCCUGGAUCCCUACGUCAAGAAGCAUGGCAUGACGUUCAACGAGUUUGUCGAGGCUUACAACUCGGGCAAGCUCAAGGAGCCCGAGCUGGACACCUACUUCAUGCACGACCGCGCGGUGCGCGAGUCGGGCCACGACACCACGUACCGAUUCGAGGGCGUGUGCGCCGACCUGGCCACCAUCGACCUCAACUCGCUGCUCUUCAAGUACGAGACGGACAUUGCGCGCACCAUCCGCAACGUGUUUGGCGACAAGCUCGUCGUGCCCGCCGAGUACUGCGUCGGCAACAUGGAGCCCGACCACGUGGAGACGUCGGCCAUCUGGGACCGCCGCGCCAAGCGCCGGAAGCUGGCCAUUGACAAGUACCUCUGGAACGAGGCCGAGGGCAUGUACUUUGACUACGACACGGCCAAGCGCACCCAGUGUACCUACGAGAGCGCCACCACCUUCUGGGCCCUCUGGGCCGGCGUCAGCAGCCCCAAGCAGGCCGCCGCCAUGGUUACCAAGGCGCUGCCGCGCUUCGAGGCCUUUGGCGGCCUGCUCUCGGGCACCAAGGAGAGCCGCGGCGAGGUCGGCCUCGAGCGUCCCAAUCGCCAGUGGGAUUAUCCCUAUGGCUGGGCACCGCAGCAGAUGCUGGCCUGGACGGGGCUGUACCGGUACAGCUUCACUGAUGAGGCCGAGCGGCUGGCGUACAAGUGGUUGUUCAUGAUCACCAAGGCCUUUGUCGACUUCAACGGCGUCGUGGUCGAGAAAUAUGACGUUACGCGGCCGAUCGACCCGCACCGCGUGGAUGCCGAGUACGGUAACCAGGGGCUAGACUUUAAAGGUGUUGCCAAGGAGGGAUUCGGCUGGGUCAACGCCAGCUACAUAUACGGCUUGCAAAUUGUCAACGCCCACAUGCGCCGCGCGCUGGGCACGCUGACCCCUUACGAGACCUUUGUCAAGGCGGUGGAGGAGAAUCGGGCCAAGGCUCUUGCGGAGCUGGUUUGAUCCCGCCAGGCGAAGCCCCCCCGUGAGGGCGAAGGGUUUCGUUCUUCAUCGUACACCGCUAGGCGCCGGCCGGCGUUUCGGGACGUGGAUGUUCUCGUCUUUCUGAUUAAAAUUUUUUCUUGGGAAAGAUGAAAGAUUUAUUUUUUUGGUCUAGGUACCCUAGACCUAGCUUAGCUCGAUGCAUAUUUCUGGGACGACUGCAAGGUUGGGGAUGUGCUUCAAGGAAACGGCGAAGAGGGAUGGGCAGGAUGCUUCUCCUACUACUACUUACUACUCUAGAUAAAGGGGGUCAAGGCGGGUUUGGGGCUGAAGACGGGGGAGAGCGAGAAAGGUUUGAGGUAGCUAGGCAGGCCACGGGCCUCCCCUUCCUUACCUUAGGGAUCUCGGUAGUGUUACAUAGACAUUGAUAAGGAAUGUCCGACUCGGCUCGGCGUUCCAGUAAUUAUGUAUUUAGUUUAUCUUGCAAAGGGUGUUUCCCGG